AUGGCGGCACUUCAAUCCAUGCUCCUCAUGGCUCUGCCGUCGGAGGUCCUUCAGAAUAUCAUCACCCGCCUCCCGGACCCCGCCACUUUUGCCAGCACCAGCAGCAGCAGCCUGCAGCUGUGCUGCAGGUUUGAAAUUGAGUGGUUCCGGGCGCAGCACCCGGUCGCGGCCCCCGGGCGGCCGUGGCAGUAUGCAGCAGUGACGUGGCGGCGGCUGCAGAAGCGGACGGCAGAGGGCAUGGCGCUGUGGAUGCUGCGCUAUGCCCAAACUCUGCAGCAGCAGCAGCAGCAGCAGCAGCAGCAGCAGCAGCAGCAGCAGCAGCAGCAGCAGCAGCAGCAGCAGCAGCAGCAGCAGCGUGGUGCAGCACCCGACAUGGGGAGCGCAGAGGCGCGCCUGCUGGUGGACAGCGACGCCGUGGGAGCGCUGCUCGCGCUGUGCGGGCCCAUGGCCCCCCUGCUGCUCCUGCCCUACGCGGCCCAGGGAGGCGUCCAGGCGCUGCUGCAGCCCCUGGCCCUGCGCCGCCUGCUGUGCCCAGCGGCCGGCUUUGACCUGGGGGCGGGUGCACGGCCCGUACCUCGGCGGGCCCAGGUCGUAGCGGCAGCGAAGUCAGCCCUGCUGGCCGACCGGUGGGUGGACGCCAUGAAAAUCUGCCGCGAAGCGCACGGCGGCUCGUCGGACGCGUUGGCAGCCAUGAUCGCAGACCUGCAGGCCUUUGCCGUCCGCCGCUGCACCCCCGACGUCGUGCGCAGCGCGCUGGCGGCCAGGCCGCGCUGCGAGCCAGACGCGCUGUUCCGCGCCUUCCGCGCGCGCGACGGCGCCGGCGACGCGGCCAUCGUCUUUGCCCUGUGCCAUAGGGAGCUCACCAGCGCUGUCUUUGCGCAGCGCCUGGAGGAUUUCCUGCUGGGCGGCAUGAGCAUGCCCAGCGCAGAGUACAAGGCAACGCUCGCGGCGGGCUGGGAGGCCGCCGCCCAGCUGUGCAUGUGGGGCGCGCCGUCGGGCCCCCGGCCGGCGAUCUGCGAGCCAGGGGUGCAGGACCAGCUGCAGCAGCUGGCGGUCGAGUUUCCCAGCCGCCGCGUCACCAGGGUCGGCGAGCUCGUCGCCGCGGCAGCGACGUGGGCGGCGGCGCUGUCGGACGCGCAGCUGCUCGUCCAGGUGCUGCGCGGCGCGGGCCUCGCGCUGGCUACGUGCGGCGCGCGCUGCCAGCUGCCGCAGGCCCUGGCCGACGCCGUCUGCCGCCUCGCGGGGAACGACGGCGCCGGGUGCGAGCUGCAGGGCACCGCAGACUGCUGGGAGAGCGGCCUCCCGCCGCUCGCGCCGGCGGCGCUGUUUACCGCUCUGGACGAGAUCUGGUCGGAGGCGCGCGGCGAGGGCAUGGCGGUGGAAGUCCUGCAGGCGGUGGUGGCGGCCCUGGACCCGCCAGGCAAGGCCGCCCCGGAGCAUGAAACCUUGUCGAUGGCCGGCCGUGCCUGGCUGGUUCCCCUCUUGGCUCGCGCCGGCCUGCAGCUGGGGGCGCAUCGCGCACAGCCCAACCCGGACGCGCUGCGGAGGCAGCUGGCGGGAUGCUGGCUCGGGUUGGGUGCGGCGGGGGGCGAGGAAGAGGCGGAGGACAUGGCUCACGCUUACUUUGCCGCCGUGCACGAGCAGUUUGGCUGGUGUGCGCAGAGCCUGCAGGGUCAGCGGCUGCAGCUGGCGGUAAUGCGUGCGGUGCGGCGUGGCACGGCGCUGGACGUGCGCAACGCGCUUGGCGAGCAAUGGGCAGUGCAGAGCCAGAGGCUGGACGAGCUGCAGGCUGCCGCGCUGCUGGAGGCGGAUGCGCAUGGCCACGCGGGGCCCGCACACAAGGCGUGGGUGGACGAGGUGUCCCGCAUGCAGGACUACGUCAGCUGCGCGGCGAGGACCGCAGCCGAGGCGGGGCGCCCCCUCCACGUGCUGGCGGUGCUCAGCAGCCGGCAGGUGCUGCACCUGGCGGGCCGCGGCGAUGUCGGGCCCCUGGACGCGCCGGGCCGGAUCGAGGGCCCGGCGAGUGACGGGGAGCUCAUGGCGUGGCUGGAGGCCGAGGGCCACCCGCGCGCGUGGGCGGGGCGCGUGAAGGACUCGGUCGCGCACCGCCUGCUGAGCCGCGCCGGCGGCGCGGACGCUUUGCGGGCGGCGGUCGGCUGGCUGGCGGUUGCGGAUUGGGAGGUUGAUUCGGAGGUUGAGUAG